UCGUUGUCAACCCUGCGUGGAAGAUGUCCGAUGAUAGGCACGGGACACACUCUCGUCGCCUUGCUCGCAGGAUCGUGAUAUGAUGAAGCCACAGUGCCAUGCGGAGGGCAACACUGACCACAGGGGAGAGGGCUGAUAACCUGGAACACUCCAAGAGGCUGAAAAAACAUGUAAACGAAUGUGUCCGCCGUGCCAAUGCCUCACUGCGGGAGGCAAGCGCCCCGGGAGCCUUGUUCUCAGCGGCGGCGGUGGGUGUACGGGCCAGGCUGAGGGAGGCGUGUGAGAGAGUGAUGCUGAUGAACCCUGGCUCCCAAGACCACCAGGUUGAGGAAACACUAUGGCGCAAGGUGUACUACCAACCGCUGACAGCUGCCAAGGAGAUGAGAAAGGGUAACAACUGGGCCAGUGGCGAGGCGUGCUGGGUGUACAACCACCUCUGGGACGGCGUAGCCUUCUACCACUCCCUGCUGCAAUCCCUUGCCGCCCAUGCCCGACUGGCUGACUUCCUGCCGCCCCAGAACAAUGGUGAGUGUUGGACGUCACACACCCCAAGAGAGAACAUGGACAAUAAAAAAUGGAAAGAAGAAGAGGAUCCCAGCCAACACUCCACCAGCGACGGCAACAUCGGCAGCAGUGACUCAGUGCCUCGCUGCCUAACAUGUCUCGGGGACCUGACUCGCUACAUGCUGGACCUGCCUUCCCCUCCACCCUACCACCUGUCUGUCCGCUACUACCUCCAGGCACUUCACUACCAGCCUGAAGGUGGCCUGAUCCACAGCAACUUGGCUACUGUCUACUCCAUCAGUGACCAACCUCUGCUGGCUGUGGUGCACUAUUUAAGAGCUCUUACAUGUGAGAAGAUCUUCGAGGGAGCUGAAGGCAACCUGAAGAGACUCCUUGGGAAAAGCCGGGCCCUGUUUGGCGGUGGGGAGGAGCAGCCUGACCUGACCCGGGCCCAGCACCAGAAGAGGUUCCUGCACACUGUCCUCACGCUCACCACCUGCUUCAUCAACAACAGGUCCACGGAGGAGGUGGCAAGGCUGUGUCAAGAUGUUUUGGUGCAGCUUGGAAAGGUACUCGAGACCUACGACGACGAUGCUGACAAUGAUGUGCCUGGCCGAUCUCCCUCCCCCCUCAACACCUCCUCCUCCAACGGUCACCCUCCCUCGGUGCAGAACGGCCAAGACUCCCCCGAAAACAUCACUGAGAAUGUGCCGGCAGAGGCCACAUUCCUGACUCCGGAGGUGAUGAUCAUCGUAUGCACCGUUCUGUCGCUGUGCACCAAGAGGUUGGAGAAACAAGGUUCUUCGCACACCAGCAUGGCCCAGGCCCUCAUGGUGUCUGUCCUCAUGACCCUCAUUUCUCAUGUCACCAGUCGCCUGGAGCAGCGCAUCUCCCUUAUCGAUCCCACCUUUCUCUCCAAACUCAUUCCAGAAGAUGAAAAGAAGACUGAAGAAGAGAACAAAACAACCAUAGAUGCAGAAGAAUCUGAGAAUAAGGAUAAAUCAAACCAAAAAAUUGACAGUGAUAGUGCCAAAAAAGCAACCCCCAGGAAGGGCCAGCGCAGCAAGAGGCUGGCCAACCUGCGGCGCCGGCGGCAGCGGGGUGGCGGAGGCUCCUGCGGCAGCCAAGAUGAGGACACUUGCUCAGAGGCAUCAGGGAGUGAGGACGAAGGCAAGGAGGAGGAUGAAAUAGUCGCCUCAAGUGAGGAGGAAGGGGAGGAAGAGGAGGAGCUUGAUCUCUCACAGCUGUGCUCCUCCGAGGAUGACGAUUCAGAUGAAGAUGUGAAGAUAGAGUCUGAGCAAGAAUGGGAAGGACUUACCGCCGGUGAACAUCUGGAACUGAUCAGCAAGGAGGGCAUGUUGUCCGCCAUGUUCGUCACCUGUGACUGGAUGAAGAGGGAGGAAGAGGUGAUCCAGCUGUGUGUGAAAACGGCCAACUCCUUGUGGACGGCAAUGGCCAAACUGCUGAACCUGCUGCGGGUGGACUUGGAGCACCUGAGGAACAACUCAGUUGGCGUGCGCAAUGAGGUAGUGGCUAUUGUGCAAGAGAGUGAGAAGCCCCCUGCAGACCGUCCCUGCAACAAGCAGGUAGACUCUCUCAAGACCACGCCCUUGCCCGAAGACUUGAUGUUGAAUACACUCAUCCCGACUUACCUUUCUGGCAUUCAAAAGUCUCUUAACUUCAAAACUAUGGAACUGGUCUUGUUGCGCACACGUCGCCUUGGUCAGUUUGGACAGGAGGUGGCGCGUCGACAGGACACUCCCUUGUGGCUGGACGCUGAGUCUGGGAUGUACAGCUUCUCACUCGAUCGCGUUGUUACAGAAGAGAAGGACAAGAACAAGAAGAAUGACUCGGGAAUCACAUGCCGAGACUCCUCGUCAUCGCCAACUGAAGAAGAUUUGCUGUCGGUUCCUCCCGCCAAGAGGGACUCCCGACGCCUGGCCGGCAUGCAGUCCCUCACAGCUCAGUGGCUGCAGCAUGAGGUGCGCAACCUGGAAGAGAGGACCAGGAGGGCAACGCUUGGCCUCUACCUGGUUCCUGAUGCCUCAGUACUUAUUAACCACCUUCAGGCGAUUCAACUGCUGCUGUCCAAACCCACUCACAUGAUCAUCAUACCACAAGCAGUCAUUGGCUUGCUGGAUCAACAAAAGAGGGAGAGCUUGGGUGCACGUGACGCCAUCCGCUGGCUGGAAAUCAAGUUCCGCCAUGGCUCGCGCUUCAUCAGAUCUCAGCGACCACAUGAACGCACACACCUCCCCCUCAUCAAGUACCCCAAACGGAAGGACAAGGAAGCAUGGGAUUGGUACCAGAUUGUGGAGUGUUGCCAUUACCUCUGCGCACAAGUCCAGCAAAACUCCAGCAAUGUAAAGACUGCCACGGUGACUCUGCUGACGGGGGAGAAGCAUCUCAGGAGCCCCACCUUCUCGCACUCUGGGCUCACACACGCUGCAGGUGCAGUACUGGAGCAUAUUGAGGAAUUCAUGAGCAAGUGGCAGACCUCAACCAAAGGACACAGUUGAGGACAACACAUAGGAAGACAGUCUAUGAAAACCAGCUGCAUCUUGAGCACCAAUUCGGCUCUGAGCAGAUCUGUGGCACGCUGCCGGCCUGUGGUGCCCUGAGUCAACCUGUCGCCAUGCUUGUCCCACACCCUGGACACCAACACCAGAACAGGCACAUGAAGAGCCUAUGAUCCCGGGGUUGACUUCUCAGUAAACGCAGAAUAAAAGCAUUCUGGUAGUUCCAUCAAAAAGUGCUACACAAUCAUUGCUAAAUUUCUUGCAGAAUUUAUAACGACUUAUAAAUCUGCGAUUGGCAUUGGUUCUUUCAAGCAGAAUGCUGGAGGCACUUCAUAAUGACACAGUUUGCCACAACACUUCCAAAUUUGCUUUUAAACUUUGUACCAUCACUUCAGUUACCUUGAUUGGUAAUGGAUAUGUUUUGCAGAUAAAUAUGUUUUUCUUUAUGUGUAACAACUAAGACUUUUAGUAUCAGUUUUCUGAAUUAGAAUGGUUCGCUUUUGUUUACAUAAAUGACAUACUAAAACUAAUUCAGCAUUUUUCUGGCGUCAUGCAUCAAAGAUUUUUGUUCAAGCCUUAAAUGACAGGACAACAAAUUUUUUGUGUAACCCAAAAAUGUUUCAAAUUUUUGUUCAAAUAAAUUUUGAUCAAAG